AUGAAGUAUGUCCUCGUUUCCGGUGGUGUUAUCUCCGGUGUCGGAAAGGGUAUUAUCGCAAGCAGCACCGGGUUGCUCCUGAAAACUGCUGGCUUGUCGGUCUCGAGUAUUAAGAUCGAUCCUUACUUGAACCCAGAUGCCGGUCUUAUGAACCCUCUGGAGCACGGAGAAUGCUUCGUCUUGGACGAUGGAGGUGAAGCCGAUUUGGAUCUAGGAAACUACGAGCGUUAUCUUGGAGUUACGCUCGGCAGAGAUAACAACAUUACAACGGGCAAAAUCUACCAACAUGUGAUUGAGAAGGAGCGUCGGGGUGACUACUUGGGAAAGACGGUUCAAAUUGUGCCGCACCUUACCAACGAAAUCCAAAGUUGGGUUGAAAGAGUUGCCAGGGUUCCUAUCGAUGAGUCCGGAAGGGAACCAGACGUUUGCAUCAUUGAGGUAAGCUGGAUGCCGAAGCUAUAG